GCCGGCUUAUUGAAAAAUAUCUUUAGAUUUUAAAUAAACAUAGCGGUUUUUGUUGCCUUCUGGUUUGCUUUUUGGAUCUAUUGCAUCCUUUAACCGCAUACGCAGGUAGGUUUUUUAUAAUUCAUUCUUUUAAUACUGCAUUCUACCAAACGCUCGCUAUUGUCUCAUCACGUGAUCUAAUCUCCUAAGCGUUGUUAAAAUAAUAGGCGUUGCCUAGUAAAGAAAGAGGUAAACCAGCAACGCAUCCCUGGAAUGAUGUACAUGUAUACUGUGAUGGCUGGAGGCUUUACUGACCCCUAACUCUCCAGACCCUAAAGGCAUCCUUGAGACAGCUCAGUAUCAUGUAAGAUGUCUCUUCCAGUCUCCUCCCACACCUGUGCGUGGCUCUGAUGUGAGGAUGCGCUGCCUGGUGGCAAGAGUCAACCACAAAACGCUGAUAGUCCUCUGUGUAGUUUUUGCUCUCAUCACACUUGUGCUUUGGAACAAGUGCUCCAGCGAUGUUGCUCUGCAUCCUCCGACCCGGCCCCAACCUGAGCCCGCACCCACUACAGAGGACGAAGAGGACCACGGACAGCUGCCUGAAAUGUCCCUGGUCUCCAAGGAAGUGCAGUAUCAGCAGAUCGACUGCCUCAUUAAUGAGGACGUGACGAUCAAAGGGCGCCGAGAGGGCAGUGAGGUCUACCUUCCCUUCAGCUGGGUGGAGAAAUACUUCAACGUAUAUGGGCGCCUGGUUCAGUAUGAAGGUACAGAAAGGUUUGAGUUCUCGCACAGCUACUCGCGCGUCUAUGCCCAGAGAGAACCCUAUCAUCCAGAUGGCGUAUUCAUGUCAUUCGAAGUCUACAAUGUGGAGGUGAGAGACCGCGUGAAGUGCAUCAGUGGAGUGGAAGGUGUGCCUGUUUCUACCCAGUGGGGUCCACAGGGCUACUUUUACCCAAUCCAGAUAGCACAGUAUGGAUUAAGUCACUACAGUAAGAAUCUUACAGAGAAGCCACCUAGCAUAAAGACUUAUGGGUUCAUGGAAGAGAGAGAAGGCAGUCCCAAUCCCUGGACAAUCCCUAAAGGUUGCUCCAUUGCCAAGGUCCAUGACCCAGGUCACACAGUCACUAUUUACCAGUUCAUCGCACCAGAUAAUUCAGAAGGUGUAUCUCUACUUCUAGACAACUCAAAGGAUUUUGUCCUGUCGUUUGACGUAAAGUUCACGUCCAAUGGUAGUGUGUCAGUGGUGCUGGAGACUACAGAAAAGGGACCUCCGUAUACCAUUCACUAUAUCACCAGCUCCCUUCUCAUUUCCUUUAAGGACAGGGAGGUGGUCUAUGGCAUUGGUCCACAGGCCACCUGGAGUACCCUGAGCCGAGAUUUGGUGACUGACCUGCGUAAGGGAGUGGGUUUGUCUAAUACCAAAGUUGUGAAGCCAACUAAGAUCAUCCCUCGACGCGUAAUCCAGUUGGUACUGCGUGGCUCAGGCUUCAUCAGCAACAUCACCAUUUCCUCCACAGCUCACAUGGCUGCCUUCUUUGCUGCUAGUAACUGGCUCCUACGCAACCAGGAUGAGCGAGGCGGAUGGCCCAUCAGAGUGGCACGCAAAUUAGGGGAAGGUUUUCGAAUACUGGAGUCUGGCUGGUACUCUGCCAUGGCCCAGGGACAGGCCAUGUCUACAUUAGUGAGGGCAUACCUCGUCACACAUGACCUUGUGUACCUCAGCGCUGCAAUGCGUGCCAUUGCACCUUUUAAGCGAAUGUCAGAGCAACAUGGUGUAAAAGCUCUGUUCAUGAACAAGUAUGACUGGUAUGAAGAGUACCCCACAAUACCCAGCUCCUUUGUGCUCAACGGCUUUAUAUACUCCCUGAUCGGACUGUAUGAUGUGGCUGAAAUAGCAGGGGAUAAACUAGGCCGAGAGGCAGGCAUACUGUUUAGCCGAGGAUUAGAAUCCCUAAAAGCCAUGCUGCCACUGUUUGAUACAGGGUCUGGAACUGUCUAUGACCUGCGGCAUUUCACGUUGGGUGUGGCACCAAAUCUGGCACGUUGGGACUACCACACCACUCACAUAAACCAACUGCAACUCUUGUCCUCUAUAGACAGUAGUCCCAUUUUUAGAGAGUAUGCAAAGCGCUGGAAAAGCUACCUGAAAGGGGGUCGGGCUAAACACAACUAAAGACACACCGAAAAGACUGUUAGUGGAAAGAUCAUUCUGAUAAACUUUGAAAGUCUAAAUCAGCAUGUACAUUAAAGCAGUAUGUACUGAUCGAAAUGAAUUACUUACAUAUUUUACGCGGGAACUAUUAUUUAGUUUAUAGCUCUGUUCUUCUCAAACAUACAUAAUGUGAAUUUGUAAAACCACAAUUUUAGCCGCAUUGCUUAUUCAUACUUCCAAAAUAGUGGUAACGAUGCAGAUAUUUAGAUGCACUUUAAGACCAAUACAUCUAUUGUUGCCUAUUGUGAUUCAUUAAAAUAUGUUAAUCAGUGACAGAAGCGUGUCUUACAAGUGGUGAUAUACAAUAAAACUAGGAAAUGACAAGCAGGACAUUAGAGCCCUUUGCAGAAAUGAGGCAUUUUUCAAGGUCUUGUGCAAUAACAUAAAUUAUUUGAAAUUGUGUAACUUAUAUUCUAUGUCUUAUUUGUAUAUUAUUGGUAAGUGGAGUAACUUACAAUGUAUAAAUUAUUUCCGUUUUAGUGUUGAAAUGACAUUGUGAGGUUUGUUCGUCUAAACAUAUAUACUGUAUAUGUAUAUAUUGAAGUUUAAAGAUUGUUCUAAAACGUCUCAUGUAACACCUUUCUGAGUACAGAUGUGUUGAAGUUCAUGUUUUUAUAAAAUUAGCAGGUAAAAUAAAUAUAUUUAUACAUUGUUUAUUUCUGUCAGUCAUCAAACAACUAUUUUAAUAAUUUCCAGAAUACAUAAAUAGUAAAACUUCAAUACACAAAUGUCCUAGCAAGGGUGUGUUCUUACCUUGUGUGGAUUGUUCCCAGGAUAGCUCCAAAUAAACUGUGAGCUGGCCCAGGAUAAAGAAGAUACUAAGGAAAAAUGGAUG